AUGGAAGAGGAGCAGGCCCAAUUUGAGCUUACUGACCCCAAUUUGACCGAUUUAGACUACAUUCUGGAGCAGGCCUUUAUCUAUGAGGGCAACAACCGCGGGCCAGCUGGAGUCUACCACUCUGGCAGCACUUUGGCAGAUAUACUCGCGGUGCAGAUAGACGACCUUCGAAACCGACUUUUCAAACUAGAGGAGAUAAGUCAGACUAGUAAUGAAUGCCCGACGGCCACAAAGAAUGCGAAGGCUGUAGACGAUACGCCGAUUGCUAUGGAGGUUGAGAUAGAAGCGGGCCCUCCCAAAAGAUUUAAGCAUAAGAAGGGGGCGGAUGGCACAACUUCUCCCAAACGUCGUCGUACUAACCCCUUAUCAGACGUACCGGACGACGCCCAGCCGGUCGGUGGGUUAAUUGGAAAUCCGGGCGGCGGUUCGGGGACUAGAGGCGAUACACUGACUGAUGAGAAAGGAGACGGUCCCGAGGAAACUGGCACCACGCCAGCCGGCAUCCAACCAGCAAAUAAGGGCACUAAGGUGACCCGUGGUUCCAAUAAGUCCACUACAAAGUCAAGUUCGAGGGUAGUCAAGCCGAGCAAGGAGCUAUUAUCUAUCCCUCAGGAGAUUUUGAAGAUAUCCUGCUGUGAUAUCGGGGAGAAUGGGGAGCUUGGCCUUGGACUUAACGGUGGCAAUGCAGUAAAGCGGCCCAGGUUGAACCCGUUAAUGGAUAAAGAGAACGUUGUUAGUGUUGCGGUGGGUGGGGCACACGUCAUGUACCUCACAAUUGACGGCAGGGUUUUUACGCAUGGCGUUGGAGACGACGGCGCGCUAGGCCGGCACGUCCCUACGGACCAAGAAGGCGCAGACGCGAGGGAGAUUGCAGAAAAUCCUGCUGCUGUUCAGUUCCCCCAUGGGGUAAAGAUCGCUCGUAUUGCGGCUGGUGAUAGCUUCAGUAUCGCAAUUAGCACAAAGCGCCGCGUUUAUGCCUGGGGCACCUUCAGACUGGACGACGGUAGUAAAGGAUUUUCCGCGACGACACAAAUUCAAAAAGAGCCUUCUCUCAUACGUACAAUAACCAAUGUAGUCGACGUUGCUGCCGGGGCAAACUAUGUGACGUUCAUGACCGCAGAUGGCAAGGUGUGCAUAGUUGGGACUGUGCUGGGAAGCCCACCACCACAACGACGACGCUUGGCGAGGUUGGGCAGCGAACCGCGCGAUUAUGUCGGCAGCCCCACCUGGUUUAAGGGCUUGUCACCCCGCGCUAUCUUUGCUGGGGAGCGUCAUGGAUUCAUUCUCUCAUCAUCAUCAAAAGGGCAUGUACUGGCAUUUGGUUCCAAUAGUUCUGGCCAAUGUGGUAUGCGUGGAGGUAGCCAAUAUAGUGAACCGAACCUGGUGACAUCUCUUUCGGAGCAUAAGAUAGUUUCUAUAGCUGCCGGCAGUGAGCAUACGAUUAUGUUAACGAACGACAACAAUGUUUUAGCAUGUGGAGUUAACUUGUACGGCGAGCUCGGGUUGGGCGCGAGGUUCGAUGAAAUUGACGCUUCGGACAAGAUGCUAUCCCCAACACAAUUACACAAGGGUAAACCCCCUGAGUUUUUCGCUUUAGCCAAGCCGUCACCUAUAGUCAAACUUUCGGGCCACGCUAUAUCGGUCGCGUGCGGUGCUCGUCAUAGCAUCGUUACCACUAAGACUGGGCAAAUCUAUACCUUUGGACUUGGGUCGUCGUAUCAAACCGGGUUGGUUCCCAUUAAACAGUUUGCUGAGGUACGGGAUGGAAUGACGCACUAUCGUGACCUCGAUUGGCAUUGUAACCCAAUGUUGGUGCGCAACACAGUCACCACGGGAAUGUUCAUGACUGUUGCUGCGGGUGGUGCGACGUUUUCGGUCUUCGGUGGGAGGACUAUGUCGGAGGAGGAAAUCAAGGGCAUAGAACAGACGCGGAGUGAGGAGGAAAAAUCGAUUUGCGGGGCGGAUUAA